GGGAGGCUUCUCCGAGGGGGCGGAGACGCGUCGAUUUUGCGCAGGCGCAGUUGGCAGUCGACGCGCCAGGCAAUGCCGGGGGAGCAUGUUUCGCGCGUCCGGGCCUUAUAUCGGCUCAUUUUACAGCUACAUCGACUUCUGCCCGUGGAUCUCAAAGCGUUGGGAGACCAGUACGUGAAGGACGAAUUUAGGAGACAUAAGACUGUUGGUUUUGAGGAGGCCCAGCGUUUCUUGCAGGAAUGGGAGGUUUAUGCAGCAGUAUUAAGGCAACAAGCUAAUGAAAACAGACAAAAUUCAACUGGAAAAACAUAUUUUGGCAGCUCCCUCUCAGAAGAAAAACUUAAUGACUUUCGUGAUGAACAAAUUGGACAGUUAAAGGAGCUGAUGCAAGAAGCUACUAAACCCAACAAGCAAUUUAGUAUUCCUGAAUCUACAAAGCCAAAAUUUUAGUAAAUAAAGUAAUGUUUGGUAAAGCAUGUAAAUUGCAUGUAAAAUCUACUACUUUUAACUAUCAUUGACUUGUAAAACUUUAUCUCAGCUUUAAGAAUGCCUGAACUUUAUUCUUUCAAUUUAAUGCAAUACUUUCAUUUUUGGAUGGUAAGAAUGCAAUGUAUGGCUCAGACAGCUGGAAAACUUAAUGGCAUGUUUGGAAUAAUAAUAUUUGCUGAAUGGAAUUUAAUUUUUGGAUUAAAUGAGGAAGGCUGGAGAGUAGACACACUGAAAUUUUUCUGAGAAUGUUUUAAUACAUAAAUUUAUUUUAAAUCCUAUUCUAACUCUGGCAUUAGCUUCAGGCUAAUUAGUUAAGUUUGUCAUGAUAACAGUAGAUGUGGAUCCCCCAAAAUUUGUUAAAUAUAUUAUUAUUCUGAAAUUUUUAUCAUUUUAUUUUAAUUAUAUAUGAUUAUUAUUCUGUAUGUUCCCUCUCUGAAUUAUUGUUGAGUCACAAUGAAAGUUUAAAGAGAAACUUUAACAUUCAAUGCUAUACUAUCACAGUAUAGAUUGUACAAAUUGUCACAACAGCUAACAGUUUUUAAGACAUACUUACUGAUUAGAUUUUAAAUAAAAUAAAGUCUUUUGCUGUUACGUUUUUGUCUAGAUGUACUAUGUAAAUACUGUGACACUAAGAAUGUGUAAGCAGACAGGUCAGGAACUGCUAACUUGAGGAGUGUGAGGGAAUCAUUUUUAGCAGUCUUGGCCACUCAUUGUGUUCAGUGUCCUGGCUGCUCCACUGCUGCCAUCAUUUUCAUCCCAAUCUUCCCUAGUUCUUGUUAUCAUUCACUUCAGCCAUCCCUCUAUAGCAUCUUCUUUUCUUUUUCCCCUUUCUGUUACUUCUGCCAAGAUAGCCAACCAUUCACUUGCCAGAAUUAAUGUUAUAUCAGUCAGUGUAAGGAUGUUAUGUUACCUUGUGAUGUUUGGACACAGCAUUAUCUCUGCUUCUUGAUAGUCUCUUGGGUUUCAUCCUCAGGAUUCUCACCUGUAUAACUUGUUGUUUCAUAUAUUAGUUGUAUUCUUAAAUCUCUAACAUUACCCUAAAGCUUAUUUUUGAAUUUCAGAUAUAUGCUUGAAAUUUCUUUUAGCAUUUCCAACUCAUGGCAGAUCAAAUUUUUCUUUCCUUCUCAGUUUAUGAACAGUAUCAACAGUAUCAAUUCCAGUUUAGAAUUCUGUAGUUCAUCUUUGAUUUGUCUAUUUCUUUGAGCCACCUUAUUAUUAGCAAUACUAUGUAAUGUAUGGCAAAAUGGCCCUGAUUCUCUGCUGUUCUCUUUUCAAGGUAAAUUGACAGUUCCUCCUAUAAUCCAUUUUCCAGUUCUUCAAAUUUGGGUUGGCCUUGUGAAUUGAUUUGCUCAAAAGAGUGGUGUACUGGCAUUGUGCAGACUUAGGGUAUAGGCCUCAGAGUCUGGCAGUGUCACUGGUACUGUUGGAAACUUGCUCAGCUGCUGAGGGACAGCCCUGCUCUAACCCAGCAGAGGAGCAGGCCAUGUGAAGCAGAGUGGACCACUUAUCUGAAGCUGCCCCACACUAGCCAGCUGUCUCCCAAUGGCAGACACAAGUGAGCUCAUUUAAAUUUAGAUUUAUGAAGAAUUUUUAAUAACAUAGGAAAUUUUCUGGCAUUUAUAGUGAAAAAAAGAUACUAUUUAACAUAUAGUGUUUUCACAAAAUGUUAGAUUUUGUUUUAAAUAAUGCCUGACUGCUCAUCUGAGCAAUUUGCCUUGUAAAAAGUGAAACUUAAGUAGAAUUUUUAAAAAAAGGAUUUUUAGUUGCAUCUAGGACCUGGAAAUAUCCUAAGUAAUUAAGUAAUUACAAGGCUAAUGUUGGUAAACUGAAACUGCUCCAGCCUCUUUCUCCUGAGGGUGAAUUUCACAUUUGCUUUUGAUUGUCCUUAGAAACCAUAAAGACAGAAUACACAGCUUAGGGCCCUCUGGAAGUUAAGACCCUAAGGACUAUACUGUUGGGAUAAGAGUAAGUGAAAAGCUGCUAUAGUACUUGUGCAGAAUAGCAGAUCAUUCCAAACUCAAGUCAUCUGUGUGCUAUAAUAAAAGUUGAGACUUUGUCUAACAUGGCCCCAAAUAAGUACAUGGCAAAUGUAAACAAAUAUUUGGAAGAUACUAAGGUCAAAAUUUUCUUAGGGAAAUGGAUGCCUUAUAUUUAAAUAAACUCCACAAGGAAAGCUAGCACCACAACUAAGUCAGCAAAAGCAGAGCACCAAAAAACUCAGAUACUGAAAUUAGCACAUGUGUAGUACAAAGCCCAUGUAUUAAAAUAAGUUGCUUAUAAUGUCUAGGGAAUUAAGCAUUAUAAAAAUUAACUAGCAUACUUGAAAAAGAAUUAAAUAGAACUUUUAGAAAUGAACAAAACAAAAUAAAUCAAAAAAUAUCAAUGGACAGAUUUCAUAGAAGGUAAGAUAGACCUGAAGUAAGAAUUAGAGACUGGGGGAUAGUACAGAAGAAAUCCAGCAUUUUGCAUAGAAAAUUAGCUUGAUAACAUGGGAGCGCAGGAAAGGGCAAAAUGGUUUAAUGUCUAAUAGUUCAAAUGGGUUGAGGGAUAGAAAUGACAUUUGAAGACAUAGCUGCUGAGAAUUUUUAAAGUAAAAAAACCUAUGAGAUAAAUAUGAAAUUCUUUCUUCAACAUGCCAUAAUCAAAGUAGAAUACCAAAGACAAAAACUGUUUAAAUUAGCCAAAAGUCCCACAUUAUCUUGCAAGUGACAUCAGGUAGGGCAGGACAGGUUCUUGAAUAUGACUGGUGAGUCAGCUCUUCCCCUCUACUCCACUGUUGUUCUUAGAAAAAUGUGCUGGGAAUAUGCUGGGAAUGCAAAAUUCUGUGAUAAGGAGAGAUUGUCCAGAACAGCCUGGGCUCUAUAACUGUCCCUCCUAGAACUGGAUAUCCUUUGUGAUAGUUAAACUGGAUUAUCAACUUGAUUGACCAUAGAGCCACCCAGGGGAAUUAGUAAAUCAUACUUCUGGGUGAGUCAUCAAGACAUGACCUUUGGUACCACAUUUAGUCUUUAGUUAUUUCCUCUCUGUUGUCCUUUUAGCCCUCUAAAUUUCUGGCCACAAUGAACUAAGUAGCUUUGCCCUUCUGCCAUAAUGUUCCUUUCUUGGAGCUAGCCUAGCACAAAUGCCUUAAAACCAUGAGCCAGUUUCAGCGAGUAUAACAAUUCCCAAUUUGAAACUAUACUACAAAGCCACUGUGAUAAAACAGCAUGGU